CUGUUUAUAGUAGUAAUAGUAGUAAUAAUAGUAAUAGCAGCAGCAGCAGUAGUAGCAGGUAGCGGAGAUUGUUGCCAGAUGUGAAGUGGAAUCAUCAGUCGUCGCUGCACAAUGGACGGUAGAAGAGGUGUUCUCUAGAGAGAGAAAAGAAGAAAGAUUUUACAAGCAAUCGAAAGUUGAAACAUUCUGAUCGUUUUCCUAUUUGUGAAGAGAAAAAGGCAAACAACACAUGUACGAUAUACACAUAUUUACGCACAUCCACACACACACACACAUGUACACACGUCCACAUAGACAAACAGGUUUACAUACAUUGAGAGGACAGUACAUGGAUAAGAAAUCUCGGUGGACUAUGCUAAAACUGAAAAGUUAGAAAUCGUAUGUAUAUAUUAUAUUAUAUACAUGUAUGUAUGUAUGUGUGUAUAUAAAUAGAUAGAUAGAUGGAUAGAUAGACUGGCGUAGGUAGACAGACCGACGUACAUAGAAAGAUAGGCAGACGUAUAGAUAGAUGGAUAGAUAGACAGAUAGAUAAACGAAAGGAAAAGACAUAGUGGGAGAGAGUGAGAAGCAUAUGUGUAAGUUUAUGUGUGAAGACAGAAAAGAAUAAUCGAAGGAAACUUCUACCCGAGUGUCGAUUCUUCCAAUCCUCUGCUUCGUUUAUAAUGAGUUUGGCGGGUAAAAAAACCUGCUACGUUGGGCAGCAGGAUGGGGAAAGAUAUUCUCUGGAAGAAGCGGAUGACGAAGAAGAGUCUUCACCUCUAAUGACGAGCCCUGAUGCUUCGUCGGAUCAAAGCGGUGCAGCUCAUAGUCCCAAUACAGCUGCUAAUCAACACCAACAUCAACAACAUCACCGCCAUCACAACAAUAUUAAUAAUAAUAACAACAACGACAAUAACAACAGCAGUUAUAGUAACAGUAAUAAUGUUUCUAGUACUCACCAUACACAUACUGGCGCCAAGGCCUCGGCAUCAACACCAACAUCUACUAUAGCUUCAGAGAUGUCUACCAGUAAUAGUGUGGCUAGCAGUCAUGCCACUAACCAGUACCAUCGAACAGUUUUUGAGGUACUUUACCUAGGAUCGGCUACCAUCGACAAGCGAUAUUCGUCUCCACAUUUGGUAAUGCCAUGGGUAGUGGCCGAAGUGAAGAGAAAAACCGAUGGCUUUCGCGAAAUUCGUCUGGAAGUGCGGGAGAUAAGUCUCAGGGGUGUACAGGUCCUGAGUACUUCUUCUGCAGACUCUUCCGAACAUGCAAAACACAUCAGAGCAACGAGCCCUAAUACAAAUACCACGUCUUCGGCAAUUCAGUCGACAGCUGCUCUACCAUCAUUGUCGUCUCAAGAAUGUCAAGGUGACAGCAAUACGCUACAAACAGACACCAAAGAAUUUAUUGUGUUCGAACACAAAUUACAAGGUGUGUCGAGGUUUGCAGAAUCUCACCAGGAACCGCGAUGUUUCGCUUAUCUUACCCGACCUCAACUUAACAGUGAUUUUCAUUGCCAUGUAUUCAUGGCACCCGAAGAAAACCAGAUUCCUGAACUCUUUGCUUCAAUACGCAAAGCCACAAAGGAGCACCGGGAUGAUGUCACUGACAGCAAUCUAUUUUUCCAUGAUGUCAGUGAUUCCGCAGAACCGGCAAAGGCAUUCUGUGAGGUCUUGUAUCUUGGCAAGGUGCAAGUGGACAGCUGCAAGCUGACCUCGAGUGAUAUAGACAGACUUAUGCACAGGCUGUGCCCUGUAGAUGAAGACGGCACCGUCAACGUCGACAGCCGGCAGAGACAUGCCAGUGAUGCCAGUGUACGAAGUCUUCCUGCGUCACUUGACAAUACUGUGACAGUCACUGAAAACGAACUGGAGCAACAACAGCAGCAGCUUCAUGGUGUGAAGUUGAAUGGAAGCAGCAGCGACUUCCGUGCUGCCAUCGACUCACCAUGUAGCUCUUUCGAGAACAUCGAAGAAUCGUCAAAUGAGAUGAAAAGUAACUCGCACCAGAGUUACGCUUAUUCCUCGUUUGUAGAAAAAGAAGGUAACCAAGAGGACAGUUUACCGCAGAACCUUGUCACAGAUAUUGUAAACCGGACAAUGUUGUUCCGUCUAGGCAAAGAGGAGAUUUCUCUCAUCAAUUUGGACCAAAAGAGAGUGAUGCUUGAGCGGAAAUUCUCAGACAUUUCUUUCGUCUCUCAGGGCUGCAAAAAUCAAGAAAUUUUUGGUUUUACUGCACGAGAGCCAGGAAAUGGUUUGAUGUGUCAUCUCCUGAAAUGCCACUCAGAUAGUGUUGUUGAAGAAAUUCUUAUGUCUGUGAAAUCGGCAUUCAAGUCUGCCUACGAACAGAACAAGCUCCAGUUGAACCAAAUCUGUACAAUGUGUCCACUACACCAAUUACAAAAAUUAUGUCAAGAAAUAAAUGUACUGAGUACAGUGUGUGGUAUUGAGCUGCUCAAGAGGAGAGUUCAACAGUUGCCAGAAAAAGAUGCAGCUGAGAUGCACAACAGAUGGAAGCAAGAAAACCCACAGACAAGUGAAGAACUUUUGGAAGUUAUGAUGAUGUCUUUGAGGUACUUGUGUGAGCAGAAACAGAAAGAGCACAAUCAUAUUUCUACAGGAAAAACUGCAGGCAAACUAGAGUUCAACAUAAUGGAUCGACGGACUAAGACUUCCAAACUAGAUAGUUUCAGGAACAAAGCAAAGAAAAGCCUGACAAAUUCAUUUGAAAGCUUAAUCCGUGGUCGUAAAAAGGAUGAAGCAAGAGAAGCCUUUCGUCAACGAAGCGGAACAACGGACAGUGAGAGUAGCUGGGCAGCUUAUUCAGUUGAUUCUUCUGCUCCGACAACACCUGAGUUGUCACCGUCUGCUUCUCCAAUGUCCAAGGAACGCAAGUUUCAGCUACCAACGCCGCCGGACUCUCCAAAAGCUGGGAUUCGGCCUCGCAGCUCAACUGUGGGAGCAAUUCCAAUGUCAACAGCUAGAGUGACAAAACAGAAUUUCCCUCCAGCGAACCUUAACAAGGACAAUAAUUACACCCUCUACAAAGAGGACAACAGCAGGCGGCAGGCAGAAAAUGCCACAAGUCCAAUGAAGCACAUGUUUCUCAUCUCUGGCAGUAGUAUGGCUCAGCUGUCCCCUGAGAGCGCUUCGUCUUCAGUUUGUUCAUCCUUUGAUGACCAAAGUUCCGUUAUGGCAACGCCGACACGCAGAGGAUCCUGGCGACAUGCUAUUUUUAACCGAGUUGUCACACCAGCCGACAGUACACGUCCUUAUAGCUUAGAUGACUCUCCAUCACAAGAGGCGAUCAGUUGUCGACCAACAAUGGAUGCCCGAGCUCGCUGGAGGAAAGCCAUUCAAGAAACUCUGCUUUUAAUUCGAAUGAAUAAAGAAAACCAAAACUUGCGAGGGUAUUUCAUCUUCUAUGGCUCACGCUCUGUGGUGGUUUUCCGAGCCAGACAAGAUGAGAUCCAACAGAAGAGACAGAAUCUCGACUACGAAGAGAUAACGCCAUGCCUGAAAGAAGUGACCAAAGUCUGGGAUUCGAUGCUCAAUAAUUCUAACCGAAAGGAAACUCAGUUUGAUAAGAAAAUCCUGAUUGAUUGCAUCAAACAAGGAGUACCAAAGAGUCGUCGAGGAGCAAUCUGGCAGCUCCUCGUGGAGCAGGCCCAGCUUCAGUCUCCUAUGGUCAGCACAGGCAGUGGCCUUGAUGAUGCUAGUUAUGAUGAUUUAAUGCGCCGACUUACUACACACCAACAUGCAAUACUCAUUGAUUUAGGAAGGACCUUUCCAAAGCACCCUUAUUUCCGAACGCAGCUGGGUCCAGGCCAACUGGCGCUGUUUAAUUUGUUAAAAGCCUACAGUUUAAUCGACCAGGAAGUUGGUUACUGUCAAGGUCUCAGUUUCAUUGCAGGAAUGCUCUUAAUACAUAUGGAUGAAGAAUCUGCUUUUCACAUAUUGAAAUACCUCAUGUUUAAUAUGGGACUACGAAACCAGUUCCGACCGAGCAUGACAGCUCUGCAGAUCAAGUUGUACCAACUGACACGUCUCAUCCAUGACAACCACAGAGACCUUUAUGAACAUUUUGAAGAACACGAGAUUGUGCCGACCCUUUAUGCUGCGCCAUGGUUCCUUACCAUAUUUGCUUCCCAAUUUCCUUUGGGUUUUGUCUCCAGAGUCUUUGACCUGAUCUUUCUGCAAGGUAUUGAUUCCAUAUUCAAAGUAGCCCUCAUUCUUCUUGGAGACCACAAGCAACUAAUCAUGCACUGCGAGUCAUUUGAGAGCAUUGUAGAGUUCCUGAAGACCACCUUGCCAAGUAUGGGUCUUGUGCAGAUGGAGAGAAUCAUAAAUCAGGCAUUUGAAGUGGAUUACAGCAAACAACUCCAUGCUUACGUAGUUGAAUACCAGGUGUUACAAGAAGAAAUGGUUUACACUUCAACGAAAGAGCGCCACAGCGGCAACAGCAUAAUUCAUCGUCUAGAAGGUGCAAAUCGUUCUUUGAAAGAACAAAACAGGGAGUUGAUGGACAAGCUUCAGAAUGCACUCAGUCAACAGCGUAGCCUCGAAAGUGCCAUCAACAACUUCCAGACCAACGAGACACGACUGCGUUCUAAGCUGCAAGCCCUUGAACUUGAGCGAGCAGCUCUUUUGGAUCGUGUGGCUACUCUAGAGAAAGAAAGUGCAAAUUUUCAGGCUCAACAUUCCUUACUUUCGGACACUCAAUCUGCCAGCAGUCUAACAUCUUCAGCUGUAGAAUCCACAAAUUUACCAGUUUCUGAUGCUGAGAAAACGUAGUCUACUUUGUUGUAGUAGUAACUAUAUUUGUUAUUAUUGUUUGUUUAAACUUUUACAUCAUGUUGUUCAUUUUGUUGUUGUUGUUAUUGUUGUUGCUGUUUAAAAAUUGAUGAAUGCAGUUUUUUUUUUUUUUUUUACUGCUUAUCUGGAAAAAUGCAUACAUCCAAUCUAGCUCAUGCAUAUAUAAUUUACAUCUACUAAAAUAUAUCUCUGAGAUGCAUACAUGUGCAAGUACACACACACAUACAGACACACAAAGAGAAAAAAGCAAAUACACAUACACAAAAUGACAUUUCUGCUGUGACUAUUUCGAAAUUAUUUUAGCCAAAACUUAGAAUUUACCAAUAUUUUAAAACAGAACAAAAAAUGGCAGUGAAUUGGCAGAAAGAGUGGCAUCAGACCAAAAUGCCUUGCAGCAUUUAGCUACAUCUCUUUGUAUUGUGAGUUCAAUUCCUGUUGGGAUCAACUUUGCCUUUCAUCCUUUUGAGGUUGAUAAAAUAAAGUACCAGUUAAACACUGGGGUCGAUCUAGUUGACUGUACCCUUUCCCCACAACACUUUAGGCUUUGUGCCUAUAUUAAAAAGUUCAUAUCUAAAGCAAAAGAGCUAUUUUAAAA